CUCCCCCACCACCUCGACGACAAGGAGCCCCCUUCCCACACCUCCCUGUCCCUCCGCCUGCCAGCUCCACCACCCUCUGCCAUGGGCCAGGCCCUAGGCGGCUAGCCCUCGCCGCGUGCGCGUCCACCCGCCCGCCCCAGCACAGCACAUAGGCAUGGAGCCGCACCCGCCCGCCCCCGCAGCGGCAGCGCCAGGAGGGGCCGAGCCUGCCGCCGUGGAGGAGCCGCUUCUUCCUCUUCCUGGGGCCAGAGGCGCGGCGGAGGCGGCGGCGGGCCGGGAGCCGGUGCCGCUGCGGCUGCGCCUCGGGAGGGCCAGGCGCCGGGCGGGCCCCGGCACGCCGGCGCCCUCGUGGAAGAUGGAGGACGACGACGAGGGAGCGCGGGGGGAUGCGGCGCCUGCGGGCGCUGCGUUGGCGGCGGCUAGGAGGAGCUCGGCCUCGGCCUCGGCGCGGCAGCUGGGCGCCAGCCUCUGGGAGAUCCACGACGUCGCGCGGGGGCCUCGCCGGGACAGGCCGCGGGGCGGGAGGGGCGUCGCCGCCGGCCGGGACCGGGAGCACGGCGGCGGCGGCGGCGGCGGCGGCGCGGAAUUCGACGAGCCGCAGAGUUCAGGUGGCAUUGGUAGGCACCUUGCAGAUUCAUCAAUGAAACACCAUAAGCUGCAUCAAGAAAGGAGCCACAGAAUACAACCCUUUUCUCCUGCAAGUUUUACCAGCUCAGUUGGGGAAUCCAAUGUAAAUCAGACUAUUAGUCCAACUCGUUCUCUGGAUAUCAUGGGUAGAUCUAUGAGGGCGGGUUAUGGCCUUCAAACAUCGACAGAACUAUUGAAGGUUCUAAAUCGAAUUUGGAGCCUGGAAGAACAGCACACUGCUAACUUGUCAGUAGUUAAAGGAUUGAAAUUGGAGUUACAGCGGGCUCAGACGCAUAUUCAAGAACUCAUGCAAGAGAGACGGCGGUACCGACAUGAAGUUUCAUCACUAAUGAGGCAACUCUCUGAGAACAAACUUGUUAGGAAAAACAAGGACCAUGGGAAGAUUGACACAUUUGCGCAUUCUCUGCAAGGUGAACUAGAGGAUGAGAGACGUCUCAGGAGACAUUCUGAGGACCUCCACAGGAAGUUAGGCAAGGAGUUAUCUGAAAUAAAAUCAGCAUUUCUCAAGGCAGUCAAGGACCUUGAGAAAGAGAAGAAAGGAAAUCGUCUCUUAGAAGACCUCUGUGAUCAGUUUGCAAUGGGCAUCAGGAACUACGAAGAAGAACUCAGGGUGGUAAAGCAAAGAAAUGUCAAGAAUUAUGAGCUUAACUUCGAUAAAUCAGUGCUCCAUAUUUCAGAAGCAUGGCUUGAUGAGAGAAUGCAAAUGCAAAAUAUUGCUGUAAAAGAGGACUUGGCUCAUGGAACUACAAUAACGGAGAGGCUCAGCAGUGAAAUACAGGCUUUUCUCCUUUCCAAAAGAGCAGAUAGCUCUAAGAACAAUGAAAAACAUAUAAAUGAUAGUACUAGACUGCGUCGGCAAUCCCUAGAGUCUGUGCAUUUGAACGGAGCCACCAGUGCUCCUCAGCUUGCUGAAGAUGAUGAUGAUGAUUCUGUUGCUAGUGAUUUGCAUUGCUUUGAACUGAACAUGCAUGAACAUACAGGGCCUCGCAGAAGUGACACAGGCGGCAUAGACGUACCUAAGAGAAGAUCAGAGCAUCCUCACAGUAUGGCUGCUGAAGGUUCACACAUGUCCAGUAUGCCAGUUUAUUCACAUAAAGACACCACAAGGUCCAGUAGCAGCAAACUGCAGCAUGCCAGUAAAAUACCAGAAAUCAACUCACAAAGCAAUGCCAGAAUUACUCCUGCAGAAGAGCAAAAUGGAACCACAAGCGCCCAAAUUACUCGAGUAUCUCACAAUGUGUCAUCAAAGAACAACCAGGAUGCUCAUCAUGCUGAUUGCCUGGGGCAGGAAUCCUUUGACCAUUUCUCCAGAACAAGUCUCUUUUGUGAAGGCACUACUUCAGGGGAUUUAGGUAAUCUCGGCAGCCCAACGCGACAACAGAAAUACCAAUGCACAUCUUUGGACCCUGAGAUUUUGGAAUACUCGCCUGAACAGCCAGUAGGUGUGAUGGAGAACACCCUGAAGGCAAAAUUACUGCAAGCAAGGCUAGAGGGGCGACAUGCCCGAUUGAUGGCAUCAUCUGGCUCCUUAACAAGCAGGAGAAAAUGAGAGGCCUCCUAACUGGUGCAGGUUCUGGCAUUCAAGGCCCUCUAGGAAGAAAUCAAAGGUGUAAUAUAGCUAACUUGUAUCUACAAAACUUCCUUUGGUUCUGUCAAUUAGUUCGGUAUCUGUGUUCAUCGAACAUGAUUUUUCUAAACAUGCAAAUCCUAGCUCCAUAUGUGAUUCAUCUUCCACGCAAAUUAGGCUGGCUGUUAGACGCCGGCAUGCUAUAGGCUAAUAGCUCAAGACUUCGAGAAGGAUUUUGGUUAUGGCACCUGUGUCUUGUUAACUUCCUAAUAUGAUGUUUAGCAGUCUAUUUUGAUGUACAUGUACAUUUGAACUGCCAAGUCUUCAGGUUUCUGGAAAGUUUUAUAA